AUGGAAGUCAAUGUUUCCGCCUCAAAGCUUCAGAAUUCUUCGUUUUCGAUGUAUGAAGAGCAGGAAGGCAUUCUAACCCGUAAGAAGUCGAUAAAUGUUGGGCUCGGAGUUCCAUCAGUAAAUUGUGACAACAUUGCAAGUGGUUAUAAAAUUCAAGAUGCCACUUUACUUAGAGAUUGUAUCGCCUCAGCAGCAAUUUGCAGUUUCUGCCGCAAAUCUCAAUCAACUUUGCAACUUUUUCAGCGAGAUUAUCAGAGAGAAGGACUUGCUGAAUGUCUUUUUCUUAGAUGUUCAAAUUGUCAUCAUGAGACUGAGUUGAAAACAAGUAAGAGACUGGGAGGUGUUGGUGGAGGGGCUCAUGAAGUCAACAGGAGGUCGGUAUUGGCUUCUCAGAAACUUGGCCAGGCUGGGUUGGCUGACUUUUGUGCUAGAAUGAAUUUCUGUCCACCAGUGACCAAGAAAUCUUACAAUGAUCAUUUGAUCCAAAUUGAAAAGGCAGCUGUAGAACAUGCUAGAACUCAAAUGCAGGAUGCUGCUGGGAGGCUGUCGGAUCUGACAAAAAUAAACAUCCUAACAGCAUUGAAGAUGAAAAUGGAACCGAAGUGGCUAAAGUAG